AUGUUCUUCUCAAUCCAAACUAUUGCCCUCGUUGCCUCUACCGGCCUCCUUGCUACCCAAGGUGUCCAAGCCUUAGCUGUCGAGGAAAGAUCCACCAGCUUGUGUAACCAGGCCAACUACGGUGCCUCUGGUGUCCCUUGGAAGUCCAACUCUUCUCCUGGUUCUUUCUGUUCCUCCAACAAGCCCUCCAACAACAAGUACUGGAAGCAAAUCCCCUAUGCCGACUCUUACGACAAAGUCCGAUGCUCAACCUCUUCGCGAGGACGAUACAAUGUUUGUAACGGUGGCAACAAAAAGACAAACCUUCCCAAGAAGUGUAACCCCCCCCACAAAUUCCCAUGGGGUUACAGUACCCCUAAGACGUCUACCUCGUCUUCUGCUGCCAAGGCUAGUGCCACUUCUUCAUCCGCUGCUGCCCCUGUAGCUUCUUCUGCUUCCUCAUCUGCAGCUGGUGCCGCUUCUUCCGCUGCUGCUUCUCCUGCUGCUUCUAGCGCGGAUUCUGCCACCCCAGCUUCCGCAGCUCCUUCGGCUUCAGCUUCAGCUGUUGACCCGCUUUCGUACCCAGUCUGCGACUUGUCUUACCAAGUCCAAUACCAAAACUACACCCGAGUUGCUGCCAACGGUGUCUGGGCCGGUUUGACCAUGGGUGCCGCUGCUCAAGAUGCUUCAUACAUGACCUACACUCUUUCUACAUCCGUUGACGACUGUCUCGCUGCUUGUGACCAAAUUGAAGGAUGUGUCUUUGUUAAUACCUACUACGAUGUCAACGAGGAGGAGAAUUACCUUCCCAAACACACCGAUGGUGUUCUCACCUGUGCCAUGUACUCCACAUGUGUCAGCACCGACAACAACGACAACUGGGGAGGUCAAGAUGACCCCAACACCAUUGUCAACUCUAACGGUUACUGCAAAUCCGGUGCCUGCUCUUCUUAA